AUGUGCGUUGUCUGGCAACUCCUCCUCUGGUGCCUUUGCCAAGCUGUCCGCGAUCCGCUGCCUCGCCUGAGCUUCGUCGAGCAGAAGGAGGAUGGCAAUGGUCAGUGUCCAAGCGCUACUCCGAGCGACCUGGAUCUGCGGUCGCUGGUCUUGCAGCCUGACUUCACUUUCCUGAAAUCUCGAGAGCUUUUCCUCUCCAAGACCGCUUCCUGCGAUCAGCCCAUGCAUGGCGUGAAGCUUCUGAAGGUGAAGAAGUCGGCCGCUGCCCGCCGGGCCCAGCUGGCGCAGCGCUUCCGUGUGAAGCAGGUCAAGACGAUGCUGCAACAAGCAGCGCAGAACAAGCUCUCAACCCAAACGGUCCGAGAUGCUCUGCUCAAAGUUCCGGGGGAGGAGGAAGAUGUGCCUGCGGUGGAGCUUCAUAUGUUUCCAGAAGACCCUAGAAAUGUCAGCUCACAGUGGCGUGUGCUUCUGGUGCCCACCACAAGAGGCGCCUUCGAUACUUGGUACUUGUGCAGACCUGCGCCCUCCUCCUCGCAGUGUGUUGCAAAAUUGCCCUUCGAGCAGUUGCCCUUCCACCUGAGCUCCCUGGCUGGGGGCUGGUACUCCGCCCUGGACCGCCACCGUUCGUCACCGACCUGGCUUCUCCUCGCCAUGGAAGUGGUUCUGGCAUGUGGUUCUGCGGUGCUCCUCACCCUCAUUCUCUCUGCCGGCUAUGCGAUGCUCAGGACGGACAGAGAUGGCGGAGAAGAGAGCAAGGCUUCCGAGUUCGCGGCGGAGGAUUGGUACCACGACAGUGGUGAGCAGGUGGACCCGGAGCCGCUGGAUGCGGGGAGCGACUUCGCAGAAGUCACCAAGACGAUGCUCGGCAAGCCUGCGGAAAAGCUUUGGGGUCGCUUGGAAGAGCCGGCUGGGUGGCUCCUCCUUGCCAAGGAGGGCGAUUGCUGGCCGCGGGCAGUUAAGGUCGAGACAAAACCCCAAGCCAUCUUUGCAGCACAUCCUGACCUACUGCCUCCUCUUCCUAUGCUUAUCAGAAGCAGCCUUGUCAUGCUGUCCGUGCACGUAACAGCUCAGUGGAUUCUGGUGGAGUACUUUACAGGGAUCUAUUCCUUUCCAGCGUUGAUGUGUUUGGUUUUCAGUACAGUGCCCACGCACGUCCUGGUGAUGCUAGAGCGUUACAGAACCUACGUGCUGGGCAUACAGUACGAAGAAGUCUUGCAGACCCAGCGGCAUCUGCUCCGAUUGCGAAGGACAAGUACAAAGGUUGUGCUAGGCUUCGUCGUGCUCCAGGCUACGAUGAUUGGAACCAUUCUCGUCAAGUUCAUGUCCGCUUCCAGCAAGCGGGUGAUGAGCGAGCUAGGUUUCUUGCUAGGCCUCGCGUUGCAUGCGAAGGCAUUGUAUGACACCAGCUCUGUGCGACAGAAGUGGCGGGAGCCCCAGCUGGCAAGCAAGGAGGUAUACACAGCCAGUCUAGAAACCAUGCCAAGCACUUCCACGAAGCCAACGUCUCUUUCCAGCCAGAGACUCAAGAAGCUUACCAUCGUGUGGCGCCUCACCACUGCGGUUGCUGUGAUCGCCGUGAUGCUUGUCGCACGCGUUACGCUGGAUGUGCUGCAGCUGAGAGGCGAGCUUGUGGACUACAGCUUCACACGAGGAAAGCUGACUUAUCCAGCUGGCAGCCAUGCCUUUCACAACACUUUGCUGCUGGACCAGAACGCAGACUCCUUUACGGUGUAUCUGCAGCUGGGAGAUUUUACCAAAGGUGUAUGGAUUGAGUUGACGCACCCUCUUCUGCUUGAUCAAGAGAAGGAGAGGGAACCGCUUUUCAUGAGCUCCUCGGGCAAGCAGCAGGUGUCUCUUCCAAGUGGUCCACUCUAUUCUAGACUCGUGCUCCGCGCAGUGGGAGACUACACCGAUACCGCUUACGUGAUUCACAUCCUUCGCGUGGGUAAGGCCAUCUCACUCAACCUCUCUGCUACUUUCAGUGAAGCCAGAUAUCCUGAGUUGGCAGGCGUUGUGUUUCGCGAGGAGCGCCGGCUGCAGUAUCAGCUGAAGCACCGCCUUUGGCACGUUCCAGACAUCGACCUCUCACAGAAGGCCAGUCUGCUGGUGACGAUGACUUCCCUGGUGCUGGCGCCCAUGAUCUCGCCCUUCCAGGAGUGCCAAGCCCCAAAGCGCCAACCUGAAGUGGACUCCAUGUGGCGUUGGCCUAGACCUUCCUGGUAUCCUUUUUUUCUCAGGGCAUCGGAGCCCGUGAAUGCAGGCAAGGGCAAAAGACGUGGCCAGGGCUGCAGGUCUAAGGAAGAGGAGGCGAGCCGAACCAAAGCGGCUCUGCCUGAGAUCGGAAAAGAGCCCUCAAUCGAUUUUCGAUUGCUGGGCUCAAGGAUGAAUCCGGGACAACUGGAGCUGGGUCAAGCCCAGACUGGUCGACCAUGGGCCCGGACCAGAUUGGGCCCAACGGAGGCGCAGGAUCUGCGCGAGCUGCUGUUGCAGCAGUCUGAGCAUCUGCAGAUGCUCAACCAACGGCUUUCGGCCAAGGAGACAGAGCUGCAAAUGUUCAGAUCGGCCGAUCCGUUGCGACAGGUGUCGAUAAACACACCUGUCCCUGAGGUGAAUCGGGCAUUUGCAGAUUGGGCCUUCAUCUUGAAGAGCUACCUUGCCUGCAUCAAUCCCCAGUAUGUUGGGCUUCUGGAGCGGGCAGAGCAUAACCGAAGCCCCAUGCCCAACAGAGCAUUGAGCCUCAGCGACCAGCAGCUGAGCACCAAGCUGUACUACAUCUUGGUGAUGCUCACCAGGGGUCGCCCUCUGGAUGUUCUUUACAAUGCUGGGAUUGGUGAGGGGGUCGAUGGAUAUCGCCUCUUGUGGCAAGACUUUGAGGCCGAACUGGCUGCGUUUGAGCGGUCCUUGCGGCAGUUUGAGUCAGAGUCCGGCAAGCAGAUUGACGAAGAGUUUCUGCUUGGUGUUAUCAUCAACGGGCUCACGGACCAAUCGUUGCGCGACCACGUGAUCCGCCACGCUUCCCGCUUGACCACUUACUCACAGGUCAAGGCGGAGCUGCUGGACAUUGCCCGUACCAACAGGGUGAUACAGCAACUGCCGCAGCCGAUGGACAUCGGCGCACUGCCCAGCAGAGGCGGAAGGAGGCCAACGGCCGCCGCUCCCGAGUACGAACCCGAGCCGGUUUUGGCAACUCCAACCUUGAUGGCUGGAACUGUCUCUGCGCCGGCCGUUCCUGAAGCCACCGCGGCACUCCCAGAGAUCCUUGUGGACACGGGUGCCGGGUCGCACCUUUUCCAGAAGGGAUUCGAUCCCGCUGCAGUGCCCGGCAAAAGCCUGAACAAACAGUUGGUUGCUGUAACGGGCGAGGCGCUGCACACCAACGAAAGAAAGAAGAGCGAGCUCGGUCUGGAAGUGAUGUCGGUUGGCGAAGCAGCUGAGAAAGGGCUUUGGACUGUGAUAGGAGUCUACUGGCUUCCUGUUACCAAGGGCAAGGACGCCAAAGGCGCAGAGCCCUCUGUCGUAGCGGCGACCCGUGCUGCAAAGAAGUCUGUGCCAGCCUCGGUUUUCCGAGAAGAGGCUGACGGGGAAGCUGCUCCGGAGCAACAGGAGGGAGAAGCUGAGGGCGAGCCGGCACAAGGGUCUGGAGGCGGAGGACUCGACCGUGCACUUCCUGCUUUGAGUGACGAGCCGCCGCCCGAGGUAGCUAAGCUUUCCCUAGACUACUGCUUCUUUGGAAGGGCCCUUGAGGCCAAGAAAGACCCCACUGCGGUGGAAGAGCUUAAGCAGCCCAAAGACGAGCAAGAAGGUGGUGAUCAUGUCAGACGGCGAGAGAUCAUCAAAGCUUUGGCUGAAGCUGCGGCCAAGAGCUGGGGAAAAGAGGCUGCGCUGCAGACCGCGGCCAAGGGAUCCCAUCAGUCCAACGGAGCUGUUGAACGAGCGAUCCUCGAGAACGCCAAGCAAGUGAGAACUGUCCUCAGUGCCUUUGAGAUGCGUUUUGGCAUUAAGGUGCAGGUUGAGACGCCGUACGAGCGCCUUCGUGGGCGCGAGUACCGUGGUGAGGUGGUGGAGCCUUUUGAGGUCGUCCACUACAAGCUUGAGGCCCCAGGGAAGAUGGAAUCCGGCGAUGCAGAAGCUGUUACCGGAGACCGGAAGGCAAGCGCUGGGACAAAGCGGUCCUGGAUCGGAUGUACGCCAGGGCGCCGGGGUGUGUACAUCACCUUGGAGCGCCAGAUCGAGCAUGGAGCAACGCCAGGAGGUGCAGCUUCCAGGUCCAUGCUUUCAGCUGGCGGUGCAGCUGGGGUGACGCGGGAAGCCCCUGCUCCUGUGGCCAAGCGGGCGAAGACCAAACGCCCUGAGACAGCAGAGGCCGUCACACGUGGAACCUGGGAAGAACUCCCAGAAGGAGCGCAAAGCUCAAGCAGUGGACUCCGCAGGCCAGCUGCCGAGGAUACUGCAAGCAACGCUGAGGCCAAGCCCCACAAAAAAACUGAGGCCACGGGCCAGAAGCGAGAAGCUGAGACUCCUCAACGCUCCUUAGAGGAAGCGAUUGCUGAGGAUGUCACCCUUCAAGAGCUUAUCGGAGGUCUGCCGCUGCACGAGGUGGGCCCGAUAGCAGGUUACCCCGAGACCGGCAAGCUCCACGCUGCGUGGGACGAGCGCACUGGAGAGCCUCUUCCGUUGGACAAGGUUCGCAAGGCCAGAGGCCGAGAGCUUGAGAAGAUGGAAGAGCAUCAGGUGAAACGCGACAUCACCUGGGAAGAGGCCAGAGCGAAAGGCCUGAAGAUCGUAAGAACUCGCUGGGUCGACGGUUGGAAAGCCCUUCCUGACGACGUAAAGGGAGUGCGUAGCAGGUGUGUGGCCCAAGAGGUCAACACGCACCAGAGAGACGACGUGUUCUCCGGCACUCCGCCUUUGGAGGCACACAGAAUGGUUGUGAGCGCUGCUGCCACAGCCAAGAAAGGAAGAACGUCACGGCGGCGCUUGAUAGCCCGCUACGACGUGUCGGUCGCUUUCUUCCACGCCACGGCGACGGGCAAGAUCGCUGUGGUCCCUCCCAAGGACCUAGACCAAGGAACACUUUGGUACCUGCUCAAGGCGAUAAACGGGACACGCGAAGCCAGCAAGCAGUGGGCCAAGCGUAUCCUGAUUGUCAUGACCAAGGGCGAAGCGCAGGACCUCGACAAGCUUGACGAGGUCAUGGUAGCCAACUUCGAGACAAAGGCUCCACUCAGACUUUUCGUCUUCUUCACCUUGGGCUCUGGUCAGCUGCAAGUCACGGAUAUCAAGAUGCUUGACGCGCCCAACUCCCUUGCGAUUGGCAAUUCCUUUUGCAGCGGUGGAAUCCGUUUGCACCACGAGGGGCAGCCCUGGGAAGCCUAUGACAUCCCAGAUCUGCUUCGUUAUGCGUGUCGCGCGCAUGAGGCAUCGAUGAGAUGUGCCCUAAAGCGCUCACAGGAUGAGCUCAUGGACUUCCUCGAGGUCUUGCAGGUCGCCCAAUCACUGUCGCUCAUCACACAGAUGGUUGGCUUGGCCAUCCCCGAUGCAAUAUCAGAUACUGCAUACUGUAUGCUGGGCCGAUCCAAGCUGAGGCCAAACUCCUUGACCAAAGUACGGCUGUACUUCUCGUGCUUGCCACUGGUGACGCCAGUUACCCACGAGGCCAUGGAGGGUCCAGCUCUUCAAGCCAAGGUACCCAGGCACGUGGCCAUUGCUUCCGGCUACACGCCCUGUGGGAACUGUGGAGGCCAGCAAAACAAGUGCAUUGCUGAACAAGUAGUGAAUGUUGGCGACACGACCUUCUGCAUUUACCAGUACAGCGCAGAGCAGGCGAUCUACCCAGAUUUAGGUGAUGCAGGUGUGGCCGGGAAGAACAGCAGUUUGCUGCAGUGGCUCCAGGACACCGUUUUCAGCGGCAAGUGGGUGCGCUUGACCCCAGGAUCGACCUUUACUGCAGAGAGCCCGGGAAACCACAGUUUAAGCACCCUCUUCCGGCUCACCGGUGCGCUUCAGACGUUGCAGGAUGAUAACAGAGCCAUUCAGAUCGCCGCAACCCAGGAUAUGACGAAUUCCGAAGGUCUAGUCGUACCAGUCAUGGUAGUUUCUGGAGCUCCUCCACCCAUUCUUGGCAUGGAGAGCGAGUCGGAUGAGCGCUUCCUUCUUCCAAGCUUCAGCCCAGAAGUGCGAACGGACUACGCUGUCUGUGGUGGGUUUGGCGCCGUGGACGAUGUGGCGGUACAUGUUUCGGACUCGCGCUUCGGGGUGGUCCACCAGGAUGUGCAGGAACCCGGUAGCUGUGGCGUUGUGACGAGGCGAGAGUACCGAUCCGUUGGCAAGGAAGACUCUGGUUGCAAGCCCUGGUGCGAGCUCUAUCUCCCACGCGCGGGCCGCUACGAUGUAGCAGUCGCGCACUCCCCCAGUGCAUGCUUCCAGUUUGCCCUGAACCUACACAAUGUUUCCGCCUUGCGCAAUGCCCUGGUCAUGAUCAUAG